GGGCCUGGCAUGCGGCCUGAUCCUGUGGACGGUGUCUCUGUUGGUUCCCUUCCUAUCGCUGGAGUGGUCGGCACGCACGGUGUCCGCCUACAUAAUGACCAAGAGCAGUUCCAAGGUAGCCGCCUCCGUGAUUCCCAUACACGGACUGUAUUUCUUCUUCCGCAUCGUAGAGUUCUACGAGUCUUAUGACGUGCCGUUCGGCUGGCCUGCCAUCUACCGGAAGGCACUGGGUCGGGACAACGUGACGCCGUUCACCAUCCUGCUGUGCAUGGGCGCCAGCUCAUUCGUGUUCAGCAUCGCCAUCUGGUAUCUAGAAGCCGUGCUACCGUGGACCAACGUGGUGCCGCUGCCGCUCCACUUCCCAUUCAUGGCGAGCUACUGGAACGUGGUCGAGGAGGAGUUCAAGGUGGCUGGGAGCCAAGAGAGCAGCCACUCGAAGGACGAAGGCCAAGAGAACUUUGAGGAAGAACCACGCCAUCUGCUGCUCGUGCUCGAGACCAUCGAUCUGUGCAAGGUGUACCGCAAGAAGUUUGCAGUGGAUCAUCUCAACAUGCGACUUUACUACGGCCAGAUUUUCGUGCUGCUGGGUCACAAUGGCGCCGGCAAAACAACGAUCUGCAGCAUGCUCUCCGGUUUUUUGCGACCGUCGUACGGCACUGCCAUCAUCGAAGGAUUCGACCUGAUGACGAAUCAUGACGACUCUCUGGAGAACGUCCGCGUUUGUCCUCAGAAGAACAUGCUGUACGAAGACCUGACCGUCUACGAGCACCUUUAUUUUUUCGCCAUUGUUCAGCGUGUCGCCCCGGAAGCCAUCGCAGAGCAGGUGGAGCUCCUACUGAAGUCGCUCCACCUGAGUUCGCACAUGCAUAGUUUCCCACGAACACUGCCUGCAGGAUUCAAGAGGAAGCUCAGCCUAGCCAUUGCAAUCAUCGCCGAUCCAAAGGUGCUCAUUCUGGAUGAGCCGACGGCUGGCCUCGACCCCCAGAGCCGCAACGAGAUGUGGGACCUGCUGCAGAAGAUGCGCCGCUCGUGUACUAUUCUCCUGACCACGCACGACAUGGAAGAGGCGGACGUCGUUGGGGACCGAAUCGCCAUCCUCUCGGAGGGGACGAUACGCUGCUGCGGAUCGUCGCAGUUUCUCAAAGAUCGAUUUGGUACGGGCUACCAUCUGCAGAUCGGCAAGCGGGUCAGAAAAUGCGACGUACAGGGCAUCGUGAUGGUGGUGAAAACGUACGUGCCCAAUGUCCAGUUGGUGUCGGAAAGCUCUGAUAUGCUGCACCUGUCUCUUGGGGUGACCUCGUCAGAGGGACUCGUGGGCAUGUUCAAGGUGCUCGAACGCUUUCGUUUCAAGCUCGGAAUAGUGAAGAUAAGCGUCUCCGUCACAACCAUGGAAGACGUGUACCUCAGGAUCGCCGAUGAACUGAUGGAGGAGCAGGCGGAUAGCAUGACAAACGCGGCGAAGCAUCAUUCGGAGGAGCCCGUGGACCUGAACGCCCUGCGCGCCAACUGCGAUGGCUGCGUGUGGCGCACUUCGACGCUGCAGACAGUGAUUGCACUGAUCCGUAAACGCUGCCACUAUGCCCGUCACCAGUGGAUGCUACCGGUGCUGGGAAUAUUCGCGCCAGGAAUAAUGCUCGCGUUGCAGGGAUACCGGGAGGGCAGCAAGUAA